UCCCAUUAUAUUUUGACAUUAUACAUAGCUGUGUUAUUACAAGUGAAAGAAAUAAAUACAAAAGUUGUGAAAGAACAAUCUCUGAGAAUGAAACAAUUUCAUAAAAAACUAAAACUGCAACCGAUACCAAGAGUGCCUCCAAAAGAUCGUUUUGUGGAUUUACUAUUAGUGGAGACUGAUCCAAAGAGUGGAGAAUUAAUAGCAGAUAAUGAAAAAGACCCAACAAAGUGGGGUGACUGGCAACACGGUGGACGGGUGAGCGAUUUUUGAAUCGGAAACUAUAUUUUAUACAUAAUUAUCAUUUAGAGAUGUGAACAAAUAUAUCUAAAGUAUAAGAAAAAUAUCAAUCUUAGAUCUUUUUAAUGUUCAAAAUUAAUAAUGCUAACUACAAGUUGUAUUUUUUAAAUACAUUUGUUCUUAUAUGUGAAAAUUUCUCUCCAACAUAAUAGAGCAAUGCUAGGUAAAAUAAAUUAUUCCAAUUAUUGUAUUUCUCGUGCCACUUAGAAAAACAUAAUUGUUACAUUUCUCUAGUAAUUUAAAUAAAAUUGUUAGUAUAAAAUAAAUACAAUUUCAAUAUAAAA